AUGAUACGCGCAGGCGCACCCGCGGCUACCACAGUAGUCCGCGGGUUUCAGACUUCAGCCGGCUCGGGAGACGAUGACUCCGACCAUGGACGAGUGACGCCGCGACUCAUCGCCGCCGACAAGGCUGCCACCCCGGUUCUGCGUGGCCGCCGCUCCAAGAACCCCAUGAUCGACGACGUUGUAAGCGCCAACUGCAGUCCCUCUUUGCGCCCGGUGGCUUCUCCCGCUAUGAGCGGCAUCAGCCUCUUGCGAUCCCAGCACAUCGACUCCUUCAAUCUCGAUAGUGCGAGCACUUCGCGCGCAAGCUCUGUGACUCGCAGCAGCAGCCUGCCCAGGAUCGGAUCGCCCUUGGCCCGACCUCGCCGUGGACGGGGUGCGCGGAACGGAGUGCACAGCAGUGACGGGAGUGGGGACGAGGCAGCCUCUGAGAUCUCGACCUCGUACGAAAUCAACCUGGAGAAUGACUUUGUCAGUGCGAGCGCCCCCGAUCAGGGUUUUGCUUCGGGUAGCCCCACGCUCUUCGAGGCUAUCGAGGGAGACCUUUCGAGUGCGCCCGUUAAGAAGACCGCUGAUGACUUCGAACCCCUCCGGUGCCUCGGCAAGGGAUCCUACGGCACGGUCAUCCUGGUGAAGCAGCGCACUACCGGCAGGCUGUACGCGCAGAAGCAGUUCAAGAAGGCCUCGCUCGUUGUGCAUAAGAAGCUCGUCGAGCAGACCAAGACGGAGCGCCAGAUCCUGGAGUCUGUCAACAAGCACCCGUUCGUCGUGAAGCUCUACUACGCGUUCCAGGACAGGGAGAAGCUGUACCUCAUACUUGAAUACGGCCAAGGCGGAGAGCUCUUCACGCACCUUGCGGAGGAACGCAUGUUCUCUGAGUCGACUGCAGCCUUCUACCUGGCUGAGAUGGUGCUGGCUCUCUCUCACCUGCAUGACGAGCUUGGCGUCGUCUACCGUGACCUCAAGCCUGAGAACAUCCUCCUGGACGCAGAGGGCCACCUGCUUCUCACUGACUUCGGCCUCUCCAAGGUCGCCACUGACGAUGCCACCUGCAGCUCCAUGCUAGGAACAGUCGAAUACAUGGCCCCCGAGGUGAUCAAGGGCGAGAAGUACGGCAAGGCUGUUGACUGGUGGUCGCUUGGGGCGCUUGCCUUCGACCUCAUGACGGGCAGCCCGCCAUUCCGCGGCAACAACAACCACAAGAUCCAGCAGAACAUCCUGAAGCAGAAGCUGAUCAUGCCCUACUUCCUCAGCCCCGACGCGAAGGACCUCCUGAACCGCCUGCUCAGGAAGGAGCCGGGCAAGCGCCUUGGGAGCCACAUGCCCAAGGACCUGGCCAUCAUCAAGGGCCACCGUUUCUUCCGCAAGAUCGACUGGAAGAAGCUGGCCGCUCGCGAGAUGGAGCCGCCCAUCCAGCCCAUGAUCACCGACCCUGAACUCGCAGAGAACUUCUCUACCGAGUUCACGGAGCUGAGUCUCAGCCCCCGGCCUUCCUUGAUGGAGCCGUUCAGCCCGGCCAUGCCCAACUCGGAUGAAAACCCGUUUGGCAACUUCAGCUUCACGGCGAGUCACAGCCUGCUCAACUCGCAUGGAUUUGCAUGUCUUCAGAAUGCCUGA